UAAUUAGUGUGAGAUGAACAAGUGGAUUGGGAUCGUCUAGUGACUGAAUACGAACAACUUUCAGUAAUAAUCCCUUUUCGAAAUGGCGUCGCAAGUUCUAGACAAAACUGGUUUAGCGUUUUCUGGCGGUGGAGUCCGUUCAGCAGCCUUCUGUUCUGGUGUUCUACGAAGAUUACUACAAAAGAGAGUCACCAUCGACUAUUUGAGUAGCGUAUCUGGUGGUGGGUAUACAGCCGCGUCGUACAUGGACUGGAAAUACCGUCACGGCAAAAAGGAUGAUCCAGACUGGCACCAUGCCUACUUCGAGAAUUUACGAAAAUAUGCUAACCCUCUAUGUGAUUGCUUCAAUCCAGCGCGCGGGAUUGUGGAUGGUGUUCUGAUGGUGCUCGUUCUUUUUGUUCUUACAGUAGUACUUCCCCUACUGAAAGCAUUCUCGUAUGUUAUUCCAAUUACCUUCAUCGUUGAUUCCAUUGUUGGUGAUAUUCUUCGGAACCAGUUCGAAUGCCGUAAAGAAAACAUAACUGGAAAAGUGAAACGAACUUGCUCUCCGAAGUCGGAUCUUGCAACGUCAAACAUAAUCUGGAUAAUAAUAGUGAUGUUUCUAGUGUUUCUGGUUGUGCACUUGCUCGCCAAAAGAAUGCAUAAACGAAACGCGAAGAACUUACUAACGUACCUCUAUCGCAUAUCAGGAUUCGCAUUCGCUAUGGUCUUUCUCCCUUGGGUUUUGGAAAUUUUUGAAGAGAUCAUACCCGAAUGGGCCGAUGUUUUGGCAGUGGGUGUGGUGUUUGCAGUUUGGAUUGGCUUUCCUUCUUGGAGACACAAGGCAUUUAAAACUCUCAUCAUCUUGGUUUACGCAUACUUUGUUAAGUGGGUCGUCUUUAAGACUCCAAUAGCUGGUAUAAAAUAUGAAGAGCGACUGCACAGGGCACUGGUUUGGGUUUCCGGGGUUCUUUUGUGGCUUGUUCCGUACCUUGGAAUAUUUGAAAUGUAUGGCGGCCAUCUUUUCGAAGAGUAA